AGAGAGGAGCGGGAGUAUAUAUAGAGAGAGAAUACUAGGGUCUCGCCGGCCGGCGCAAUUCUCACCGGAAACAGAAACAAGCAACGGUUCGUUACUGCAAUCUCAACGAAGAACUGCUUCAUCUUCAUCCAUAUAUUGCAGGAUAAGAUCAAGUAACUGUUAAUCGAAGACGAUGAACGUAGUUAAAGAGAAAGAAUCAUCCAUUGGAACAACCUCCAGAUCUCCCGUAGCUAUGCCGCGUCGUAGUAUCAUCUCUUCGUCUCAUUCUCUUCCGUUAAUCGUGACCUUAAACUGCAUCGAAGAUACAUCUCUCGAACAAGAAUGUCUAGCUGGAAUUGCUGCCGUCGAACACGUUUCUCUCAGUCGUUUAGUUGAGUCUAAGAUCGAGUCUGCAGCUGCGGUGCUCCUUCACUCCCUUGCGUUCCUUCCUCGCGCCGCACAGCGUCGCCUUCGUCCUUGGCAACUUAUCAUUUGUCUUGGAUCUUCCGAUCGGUCGGUUGAUUCGGCACUUGCUGUAGACCUAGGACUUCAACAUUUUGUACAUGUUAACGUUUCACGUUCUGAGGAGAUUGCAGAUACUGUAAUGGCGCUUAUCCUUGGUCUUCUCCGGCGUACUCAUCUACUUUUACGACAUACAAUGUCAGCUUCGGGUUGGCUUGGCUCGGUUCAGCCGUUGUGCCGUGGUAUGAGGCGUUGCCGAGGGCUUGUGUUAGGUAUCAUUGGUAAAUCUGCAUCUGCAAUGUCUUUGGCUACUCGAUGUUUGGCUUUCAAGAUGAGCGUUCUCUAUUUCGAUGUUCAGGAGCAGGGGAAAGGAAAGAUGAACACAUCUUCAGCACAGUUUCCUUCUGCUGCCCGAAGAAUGGACACUCUUAAUGAUUUGCUUGCUGCUAGUGAUAUUAUUUCUCUCCAUUGUACUGUGACAAAUGAAACUGUUCAGAUAAUCAAUGCAGAUUGUUUACAACAUGUCAAGCCUGGUGCAUUCCUUGUGAAUGCUGGAAGCAGUCAAUUGUUGGAUGAUUGUGCUGUGAAGCAGCUCUUAAUUGAUGGUACCCUUGCAGGCUGUGCUUUGGAUGGUGCUGAUGGACCACAAUGGAUGGAAGCAUGGGUGAGGGAAAUGCCCAAUGUGUUGUUACUUCCUAGAAGUGCAGAUUAUAGUGAAGAAGUAUGGAUAGAGAUAAGAGAGAAAGUAAUAUCUUUGUUGCGAACUUUCUUCUUGGAAAAUAUUUUUCCCAUGGAUGCUGUCUCAGAUGAAGAUGAGGUGGAAAAUGAAAUAGACGAUAAAGAAGGAAAUGAUGGUGCCCAACAGGGUUCUUCUUUUAUCACGGCAUUGACUGAUGUAGUUGAUGAGACUCCAAGUCCACAUCAAGGUGUAGUGUCUGUAAACACUUCUAUUCAAUCAGAAGGGAAAGGCAGUAGAUCAGGUAAGAAAUCAAAAAAAAGGAAUGCCCACAAAAGUUCCCAACAAAAACCAGAUGAUCCUCCUGCAAUGAGUUCAAGUAGUAGGAAAGCAGCAAUUGAAUCGGUACCAGAAUCAUCUUCCGACCCAACUCUGAAACGCAAAGAAUGCAGUGAACUGCUGAAGGGUGGCUGUGUUAUAGCACUACAUGUAAGAGAUGGAUCUGCUUUGCAUGUUUCUAGACAAAGAGUUAAGGGUGGUGGUUGGUUCCUAGAUACAAUUUCAAAUGUAACAAAAAGAGAUCCUGCAGCCCAAUUCUUGGUUGUUUCUAGAAGCAAGGAUACAAUUGGACUAAGGUCUUUUACAGCUGGUGGAAAGCUAUUGCAGAUUAAUAGAAAGAUGGAAUUUGUAUUUGGGAGUCACAGCUUUGAGGUGUGGUCGAGUUGGACAUUUGAAGAAGGUGGUGGUUCUCUUGAGGAAUGUAGACUGGUCAACUGUAGUAAUCCGCUGGCUGUUUUGGACGUAAGCGUAGAGAUUUUAGCAAGUGUAGGAAAAGAAGAUGGAGUUAUUCGCUGGCUUCCAUGAUUAGGUAAGAGAGAGUAUGGCAGUCACACAAAGAGUAAGACACAAGGAAAGCCAUAACUGAGGCGGGUGGAGGUGGUGGAUGGAUCAUCAUCGUCUUCUUCUUCUUUCAUCUAUAUCGAAAACCAGCAAGGUCUAAGUCAUGGCCAAACAUACUACUACCCUGUUGCAUUUUAGCAUUUGCCCUGAGUUCCAUCUCAAUUAGCCUUUUCAUA